AUGCCGGACCCAUGGCGACAACUACGCUCCCUCGUUUUCCUCAGCGAUGAAGAGAUGGGCAAGAAGGACGACGACCACUACCGCGGCGGCGGCAGCAACAUGAACCCCAUGCUGCUACGAAACAGAAACCCCCAAUGGCAGCCGGCCGCCAAGAUGCCAUCCCGCCGUCUCUUCCGACGCCUCGCCUACCUCUUCCUAAUCGCUGCUGGUAUCUGGUACUUCCUGGGUGACCUCUCCUUCGCCGAACGACGCCCCAACUACAUCUACCCGUACACCGACGGCCCCCGAGACUACAUCCCCUCCCCGAUCCGCGAUGGUCCUCCCCGGAGGAGUGGCGGCGGUCGCAAGGCCAAGCCUGGAACGCCCAUGCCCCCGAUCGCCGAACACGACUACAACGGCCCGGUCAAGUUCCACCGUCUGGCGUCUUCGCUGCACGCAAUCGCUGCGACCAAGGGCGGACAGACGAUCAACCAGAAUGUGCUUUUUGCGGCAUCGAGUCUCCACAGCGCGUCGACAUUGCUGCCAUUCGCCUGCAAGAUGGGCAUGGAGCUGAGGAACUACGUGCACUUUGCGGUUAUGGGCCGGAGUGAGCUCGAGCUCGACGAGAUCAAGAAGAUCAACGGAAUAGACGACAGCUGCUACAUCAUCUGGCACGAUGCUCGCGCCGACUUCUCCUCCCUUUCGACCGACGCCCGCCUGGAGCUGUCCGUCGUCCGCGGACUUCGAAACAUCAACACCUUUAUGCACCCGCAGGCGAUCAUGGUGGAUGGCACCGACGACGAGCUCUUCCCGUUCCUGAAGGGCAUGCGACAAGAGGCGGGCGCGCUGAAGAUCCCGCUAAUCGAGCUUCCCAAGGAGGCAUCGAAGCAGCUCUGGUGGUUGUCGAAGCUCGACAGUCCGUCGCUCGCAGCUUGGAAUAAGGUCAGCGUCGAUAUUCUCAUCCAAGCCCCGGCCAGCGGCUCCGGCAGCCUGCUGCGACUGCUGAGGUCACUGAACGAGGUCGACUUUACCGCUUUCACGAUCCCCCACCUUACCAUCGAGCUGCCGCAAGACAUUGAGCCCGCGACGGCCAAGUUUCUCGAGGACUUCCACUGGCCACCCUCACACGUGGCAAACCCGGGCAGGACGCAGAUGUUAUCACUGAGACAUAGAAUACCGCGGCAGCGGAUGACGGAAGAGGAGAGCUCCAUCCGGUUUCUAGAGUCGUUCUGGCCAACGACGCCCAGGUUUUCUCAUAUUCUUGUUCUCUCACCGCAGGCGGAGUUGGCACCGGGUUUCUUUCAUUAUCUGAAAUACUCUCUGUUGGAGUACCGCUACUCCGGGUACUCGGUAGUCCAGAAAUGGGACCAGCGUCUACUUGGCAUCAGUCUGACCGCCCCGUCAGUCUACUUGAAUGGCAAGAAGGCGUUUGUGGAGCCAAUUUCUGAUGGCCCGGACGAGAUGGGCACCUCCUACAUGUGGCAGGCGCCCAGCAGCAACGCCAUGCUAAUAUUCGGCGAGAAGUGGGUCGAGCUCCACGGUCUGGUAUCUCAGGUGGACGCGUUGAAGAGCUCGCGCGCUCCUGAGAAGAUUCCAGAGAUGGUGACCACCAAGGAGGUCAGCAAGAUGUUCCCCUCUUGGCUGGAACACGUUCUGCGGCUAUCUCGAUUGCGAGGUUACUUCACGGUCUAUCCCAGCGCCGAGACGGGCGCCACAGUAGCCAAAGUACACCACGAGCUGUACCGGGGCCCUGAAGAAUACGAAAUGGAGGCCGACGAACGGAAGAAGCUCAGGGCGAAUCUGGCAGAGUCAAUACAUCCCUCCGAGUCGCUCGUCCGCACGCUGGACACCCUCCCGAACAACGGCACCCUCACCCCCUGUAAGGAUCUGCCGAUGCUUGGCUGGGAGGGCGAUAGCAUGGGGCUGCGGGACGUAUAUCAGCGGGCGGUGGAGUACAUGUUUGCAUGGCGCGAGGUCGUCGGCGGGUGCAACGCGGAAGCGAAGCAAAGCGAUCACAUUGACGGUUCCGCGAGGGACCUGUUUUGCACGCCUGACGGCAAGCUCAAGGGUUAA